AUGGAAGAACAUCCCACGAAAGAUUUACCAGAGAUGGAGGGCAGUCCACAGGAUCAGGAUGAUAUGACGCGUAUGGGGAAGAUCCAGGAAUUGAAGCGCAACUUUCGACCCCUUGCAGCGUUGAGCUUUUCAGCGGUUCUUCAAGCUACCUGGGAGUUUAUACUCAUCUCAAACACCCAAGGUCUCGAAAAUGGCGGACUGGCUGGUGUAUUCUGGUCUUACAUGUGGACAUUCGUUGGGUUUGGCUUUAUCAUUGUUUCGCUAGCCGAGAUGGCUUCGAUGGCACCCACAUCGGGAGGCCAAUAUCAUUGGGUAUCAGAGUUUUCCUCGCCUCGUUACCAGAAGUUUCUGAGUUACACCACUGGAUGGAUGUCCGUACUAGCCUGGCAGGCAGGAGCAGCAUCCGGCUCGUUUCUAACUGGAACUAUCAUCCAAGGUCUCAUAACCCUCCGUGAUCCGAGCUACGUGCCCCAAAAUUGGCAUGGAACCUUGUUUGUGUUCGCCAUGAUAGCUGUCAUUUACUUUUUCAAUGUCUACGCGGCAAGCUGGAUGCCACGAAUCCAGAACAUCCUUCUCGUGCUACAUCUGUUAUGCUGGGUCAUCAUUGUGGUUGUUUUGUUCACCAUGGCUCCUCAAAACUCGGCCAAAACCGUGUUCACAUCGUUCCACAAUGGUGGCAACUGGUCUAGUAUGGGGAUCAGCUUGAUGAUCGGUCAAAUUACAGCCAUCUACGGCUCUCUGAGCUCCGACGCCACCGCACAUAUGUCCGAAGAAGUUAAGGAUGCAGGUCGAUACGUACCAAUCGCAAUCGUAUGGGGAUACUUCGGCAACGGAAUACUAGCACUGAUAGUAAUCGUUGGAUUUCUUCUUGCUAUCCCCUCAGUACCCGAUGCUAUCAACGACAGCACCGGCUUCCCCUUCCUCUACGUGUUCCACCAAUUCCUCUCAAUCUCCGGUGUCAACGGCCUCACAUCAAUAAUCCUAAUACCAGUCAUCUUCAGUAACAUCCUAUUCAAUGCAUCAACUGCACGUCAAACAUAUGCAUUCGCACGAGAUCGCGGCCUCCCCUUCGCAGACUGGCUCUCUCGAGUUGACCUUCAUCGGCGAAUCCCAGUGCGAGCGAUCGCGCUCUCAUGCAUGAUCAGUGUCUUACUGUCGGUAAUCAACAUAGGCUCGGAGGUUGCAUUCAACGCGAUCAUCUCUCUCAACGUUGCUGCACUGAUGUACACAUACGCGGUAUCCAUAAGUUGCGUGAUUUACCGGAAGAUUGCUUGUCCUGAAACGCUACCUCCUCGACGUUGGAGUCUUGGUCGUUUCGGUCUUGCGAUAAAUAUCAUUGGGCUGCUCUAUGUUAUUUUCGCACUCUUUUGGUCGUUCUGGCCUCCGAGCCCUUUGCCUUCGGCUCGAGACUUUAAUUGGAGUGUGGUUAUUUUCGUUAGUGUGUUCAUCGGCAGUCUUUUGAUGUACCUGUUUCAGGGCAGAAGACACUAUGUCGGGCCUGCGAUGACGGUCCAGCGGAGCUAUUGA